UCUUCCAGCGGAACCUGUCACUUUCCCCUUUCAUUCCAUGGUUUUGUGCAUCAGAAGCCAAGGUCUCCUAGCAACUGAUCUCACCAAGGAGGAUGGCCAGCUUAACUGCUGAAGGUGUCGAGACUGUUUUCCGGCUGCCGCAACUAAGUGCUCGCCAAUAUCUGAGAGAUUUACUGGACUGGACGGAGUUUGAUGAAAUCAGGGAGUUGCGCCGAAGCAUCCACCUGGACAUCUAUUACUGGAGCAUUGUGUUUGCCGCUGAGAAAGGUUUCUCUUGGCCGGCCGUGGCAGAAGUGGCCAACUUGACUGGGCAGCUCUUGGAGAAAACCAAAGGUGUGUCCCCUUUACAAGCCAUUCAAGUCCUGCAAGAGAAACUUGUCAACUUUCAGGUGAAGUUGUCCCCAACCCAGUUGCGUGCUGUCCUCGAUUACUUCCACAAUACGUUCAUCAAGCACUACUGGCUCUAUCAGUUUGUACUGACCCGGGAAAGAAACUGCUGGCAGUCCUUUGACAGUCUGGAGGUCUAUGUGCCCCCCAGCCCUUUACCCCUGAGUGAAGGCAUGGAGCUGGAAGCCUGGAAGUUCGAGCAGCAGGUGUCUGCCCUCUGUGCGGCCGAAGACGAAAAGCGGGCCAGCGUGGCACGCAUCCGGGAGACCCUAUGGGCAAAGAAAGAAGAGCUACUGCAAGAAGUGUACAGGAGUGUCGAAAGGCAAACCGGUGGCCUCAGCAGAGAGGAUUUAGUUUUCCUCGUCAGAGAAGCCAUUAAAGCCCAGCUCCAGACGCUCCAGGAGAUCAUCCAGCAUGAGAUUGAGACCACCUUUGAAAUCUUGCAGCUCAGGCUCCAGAAGAAGACCCUGAUGCUAAACCCGCCACCUAUCUACCCCCCAAUUCCGACGCCAGAAAGCCAGAAAGAGGGCAAAGUUAAGAAGAAAUCGUCGGAAAGUAAGCACAAAGGGGAGGACAAGAAGCCAAAGAAGAAGAAGUAGUAAUCCGCAACAAAGCUUUUACAUUACAAUUCAUUUGUAAUCCAUUGGAAAGGAAAUUGGCAGAUUUUGGGAAAGUUCCUACCAUUUCUAGAAUUCCCCAACUCCAUGCUGGCUGGAGGAUUUCCGGGAGUUGUAGUUUAAGAAAGCAAGGUUUCUAUGCUGUGGAAGUUUGAACAUACUUAUGUAAAGGCAACCAGUGAUUCUAAGUGACUCUACAUUUUUUCAAGAGGAGGACCCAAAAUGGGUUCAGUACCUCAGACAGCUCCUUGAAAAUGCAGAGUUGCUCUCAUAAAACCCAAUGAGAAGCUAAGGAGCCCUUUGACUUUUAUCUUCCACUUUCCUAAUUUUUUUCAUAAAACUCAAUAAGAAGCUAAGAAGCCCUUUGACUUUUAUCUUGCUAAUUUUUUGGGCUCUGUCUCUGAGAUGCCAAUAUGGCAUUUGAUUUAUACCAGCCGUAAAUCACUCCUCCCUAAAAAAGGAAAAAAACCUCUCAAUAGAAGAUUCAUAUAUAUCAGCGAGAGCAAUUCAAGUUGAAUCUUUUUGAUAGCCAUGUAUUACUCCAGGUAGAACUAAUAUAUCUAUAUCGAAAUAUCUAUUCUUCUUUUCCAUUCCCACAGUCUUAAAUAGUAAAAUCCUGAAACAGAUUUACCAGAUCAGUAAGGACAAGACUUAAAUCUCUCUUCUCCCAGAUAUAGGUGUCUAUGAGCAUAAAAACUGCAAAUUGUAUCCCUAAAGGUUUGCCAAGGUUUGGAAAUUACUACACAGGGCUUUAAAAUGAGAGGUUUGCCUACUUUUGUUUACAUUAGCCCUUGAGAUGCCCCAUCUUCGUUGCUGCAAGAUGCUCACUGUGGUUUCUGUCCCUGUUUUCUUGAUGCCCCGUGGCAGCGUUUCCAAAUAAACUCAAUAUUUGAUUUUGCUUUUUAA